AACUCGGAGCUCUUCACGCUGACAUACGGGGCCCUGGUCACCCAGCUGUGCAAGGACUACGAGAACGACGAGGAUGUCAACAAGCAGCUUGACAAAAUGGGUUACAACAUAGGUGUUCGGCUAAUAGAAGACUUCCUGGCCAGGUCCAAUGUUGGAAGAUGCCAUGAUUUCCGUGAAACUGCAGAUGUUAUUGCAAAGAUAGCAUUUAAAAUGUACCUGGGCAUCACUCCAAGCAUCACUAACUGGAGUCCUGGAGGUGAUGAGUUCUCCCUCAUCUUGGAAAACAACCCCUUGGUGGACUUUGUUGAGCUUCCCGACAACCACUCAUCACUCAUCUAUUCCAACUUGCUGUGUGGAGUGCUGCGAGGUGCCCUGGAAAUGGUUCAGAUGGCUGUAGAUGUAAAGUUUGUGCAGGACACGCUGAAGGGUGACAGUGUCACAGAAAUAAGGAUGAAAUUCAUCAGGCGGAUUGAAGACAAUCUUCCAGCUGGUGAAGAGUGAAUGCCAGCCCAGUCUCCCUUUGGGACUGGAGGGGACCAGCUGGUUUUGGCCGUUAGCUUUCAUCGCAGAUCUGUAGGGAUCUAGUGCCCCUGUACAUUCAGACUGACUCACUGACUGUUUAAGAUGUUAUAUUCUUCUACUGUUACUUCCAUUUUCUGUAGAAGACAGUUGUCUGGUGGCUGUUGAUUUCACAGGUUCAUUCGGAAGCUUUUUUCAUAAGGUGAUGUCUUUCAUACUCCCCUGGGGACUCUUUCUACACUCAGUUUCUAAUUGGGACAUUUGGUUGUGCAAAAACUACUGCUUAAACUCCACAAAAGCUCCACUCUAUUCACAUCUGAAUCUAUGUUUUAUUACCAGAAUUGGAGACCAAGCUAUAAGAGCCACUGAUUCACUGUUAAAUGCUGUCCUUAAGAAGAGGUGUUUAAAAUUCAGUCUAAGUGCAUAGUAUUCCUGUAGAAUUAACUGGCU